AAGUAUUUUGGUUACACAAGGCGGAAGCGUAUAAUUUUCUAAACCUUAGAGUGUUCAGGGAAAAUAUCAUUAAGAAGGAGGAAAACGGAUUAAAGUCACUGCUUUCAGAACGGACGGGAUAUUAGUUUCUGUUGUCGGGUGAACCACUCAGCUCACUUCUCCACUGCCACGGCGGUCUGAUUCUCCUGUCAAGAGUUUGGUUUAGUGACCUCACUCACCAUCAGUGCCUGUGCGACAGAGCUCCAAUCUGAAGACCUUGCACACACAUCUAUCUAUUACCAUCUCUAUUUCUGUAAAUGGCUGGUCGUGGCGGAGGAUCAACAAGGCCUAAUGGUGCCGCAGCAGCAAAUAAAAUCUGCCAGUUUAAACUGGUACUGCUGGGGGAGUCCGCAGUGGGCAAGUCCAGCUUGGUGCUGCGAUUUGUCAAAGGCCAGUUUCAUGAAUUCCAGGAAGCCACCAUUGGAGCUGCCUUCCUCACCCAGACUGUCUGUCUGGACGACACCACUGUGAAGUUUGAAAUCUGGGAUACAGCAGGACAGGAGCGCUACCACAGUCUGGCUCCAAUGUACUACAGAGGCGCUCAGGCUGCCAUUGUGGUCUACGACAUCACCAACACUGAUACUUUUACACGAGCUAAGAACUGGGUGAAGGAGCUGCAGAGACAAGCCAGUCCCAACAUCGUGAUCGCUCUGGCUGGAAACAAGGCCGACAUCGCAAACAAGAGAGCCAUAGAGCUUCAGGAGGCGCAGGCAUACGCUGAUGACAAUAGUCUACUCUUCAUGGAGACCUCAGCCAAAACAGCCAUGAAUGUCAACGAAAUUUUCAUGGCUAUUGCCAAGAAGCUACCGAAGAACGAUACUCAGGGUGGAGCCGGACAAGGCGGUCGGACCAGGACGGGAGUGGAUCUACAGGAAGCGCCACCUCAGGGUCGCAGCUCGUGCUGCAGCUCGGGCAAUUAGCAAGUACAACUAAGAAGAACUUAGUGAGCGAGCCCUGAACAUUGAUUUAAGGACAUCACGUAGCUAAAAACACAGAGAGGCAGGAGAGGGCAGAGCCACUCGCCAGCCCUGCACUUAAACUGAGAUUACAGAUGAGAUUAUCUGGAUCCUCUUUGAUUAAAGGAACAUUUUUUAAAAGAAUCAUAAGCUAGAGGGAAUUACAAAGAUCCCUCACUAUUUCUCUUCUGUCUUUCCCCCCCUCUGUAUCCAUCUACCUCCCUCUCUAUCUUCAGCCUCUGUCUCUGUUGAAUUAAUAGUCUUAAAUGAUUUGUUCUGCAAGGUGAUGCUGAGGUUGUUUGCUAUUCCCCUUUUUUGAGUGUCUGUCUGUGUUAUGUAUGUGUAUGAAUAUCAUACAUAUGCAUAAAUUUAUAAGGAAGUUUCCUUUUCUACUCUUGUCGUUUCUCUCUACAAUGAUUGUUUUUAUGAAAGAUGCCCAACUACCAAUGCGGAAGUUGCGAAGACAAAAUCUGCCUUGUGGUUUUUUGUCUUCUUGCAGCAAAGUUGAGUGGUAUUUGUUCUUUAAGGGGACCUAAACAUGACAAAGGUAUUAGAAAUGCUCCAGAUUUAGCAUUUUAAAGCAAGUCAUGAUUCCACAGGCUACACAUCUAAAGAUUUCUCUGACCUGUGCAGCUAUUUGCAUUCAUUGUGUUUCCACACCUGUAACACCAGAGAGUUGUUGGCCUUUUUUAAAAGAUAAAUGUGAAAAUAACUUGUAAAUCUAAAACAAAAUAAAUAACAUGCAAGAUUUAAAAUGUUUGAUCUGCUUU